AUGGCGCGAGAAGCUUUCAAACAGUGUAUCAAGGAUCGGGACGGUCCCAGAGAUUUUGCUUUUAUGCACACCGGCGGCUACGUGAUUCAAUCCUUGACUUCAAAGUCUUAUAUUGCCUCUAAGAGUUGGCGAAGGCAUCUGCCUUGGUCGAAAACGUCACGCUCAUCCAACACGAACACGAAGACACCCGGAACUGCACUGAGUGGCGAUGGUUCAGCUGGAAACUGUUGGGCUUUCGUUGGAUCAGUAGGGCAGCUUGGGAUAGGGCUCAGUAGUACCAUUGAUAUUACAGCCUUGUCAAUUGAGCACAUCGGAGCGCAAUUAGCACAGAAUGACAUCACAUCUGCACCUAGAGAGUUCGAACUUUGGGGGGUGAGUGAUGACGGGGAUGCAGUAGCCAGCACGACUCCGUUGUUCCAAGGGGUAUACAACAUCUCCAGCCCCAGUUCAACCUUACAAACAUUCGAACUCAACAAAUCACAUAAGUUCGCCUACAGCAAGGUGCUGUUUAGAGUCACCUCAAACCAUGGGAACCCGGGGUUUACUUGCAUUUAUCGGGUGAGGAUACACGGCCAGUCAAUUUUGUGA